CUAUUUAAGCAGCAGACAAGUCGCCAUGGAUAAUCAUCAGCAAACCUCGAACACAUACUGAUCACUGCCUAGCUAAGCUUGUGCGCACCAAGUGACAUCGAUCCUCCGUUAUUCGUUGCAGCAGCAUCACACAGACCAAUUUCCCCCAAAUCAAGAAAUGGCGAACGCGACGUCCGGCGUGUCGGUGGCGGAGGAGUGCGUGAAGGCGUUCCAGGAGCUGCGCACGGGCCGCGCGCACCGCUUCGUGGUGUACAAGGUCAACAACACGGACGCCGACGAGUCUGCGGCGGAGCAGGUGGUCGUGGACAAGGUGGGCGGCCGCGACGCCGCCUUCGAGGACCUCGUGGCCGCCCUCCCCGCCGACGACUGCCGCUACGCCGUCUACGACCUCGACUUCACCGUCGCCGCCGCCACCGCCGCCCACGCCGACGGCGAGGCGCCGCGCAGCAAGAUCUUCUUCAUCUCCUGGUCGCCGGAGACGGCGGAGGUGAGGAGCAAGAUGGUGUACGCGAGCUCCAACGAAGGGUUCAAGAAGGAGCUGGACGGGACGCAGAUCGACGUGCAAGCCACCGACCCCAGCGAGCUCACGCUCCAGAUCCUCAAGGACCUCGCCGCCUAAUCAGUCUUCUUUACCAACUCAAAAUCAUUGAUCCCUCCUCGUGUGCGUGUUGUCACGUUGGCCCUGCCCCUUCGUGCGUGUGCAACAACAAGUUCCGUGCUUUACGGACCGGCGUUACGUACGUGGUCGAUGAUGUAUCUCAACUUGCUGCCUUUCUUCGUGGAUCGAUCGUGUGUCGAGGUGUCAAGGAAUUGAUUUCCCUGUAAUGUAUAAUGUUUGUGAUGCGUGCUGUAUGAGCAUGAAUAAUAAUAAUUGAUUGGUUUACAAUUC